UCAAAGUAGUUGGGGCGAAGCUCAAGGUAGCAGAAGCUACCAAUUUCCUGUCACCUGGUUUCUAUCAGACAUCCCAGGCCUGGCCUAUCUCACUUACCCCUGUGUAUUGGAGAAACUGGCCGUUGAAGUGAACUCAGCAGCGAGCAUCUGAAUCAGCCCGUGCACCCUAAGGCCUUGGAGACUCAGGAGUUUUGAAGGUGAAAUGACGACACCCAGAAAUUCAAUGAGUGGAGGUUUCCCAGCAGAUCCUCCAAUGAAACGACCUGUUGCCAUGCAACCUGCUCAAAAAUUAAUUCCCAGGACAAUGCCCUCCAUGGUGGGCCCCACACAAGGUUUCUUCAUAAGAGAAUCCAAGGCUUUGGGGGCUGUCCAGAUUAUGAAUGGGUUAUUCCACAUCGCCCUAGGUGGCCUCCUGAUGAUCCAUGCGAAGAUCUACACGCCUGUCUGUGUAGGUGUGUGGUACCCUCUCUGGGGAGGAAUUAUGUAUAUCAUUUCUGGAUCACUCCUGGCAGCACAGAAGACAAACUCCAGGAAGAGUUUGGUCAAAGGGAAAAUAAUAAUGAACUCACUGAGCCUCUUUGCUGCCAUUUCGGGAGUAAUUCUUUUGUUCUUGGACAUAUUUAAUAUUACAAUUUCCCACUUUUUUAAAGUGGAGAGGCUGGACGUUACUAAAACUCCCGUGUCAGAUAUUGACAUAUACGACUGUGAACCAGCUAACCCCUCUGAGAAAAACCCUCUCUAUAUGCCAUAUUGUCACAGAAUUCGAUCUGUGUUCUUGAGCGUUUUUGCAGUGAUGCUGAUCUUUGCCUUUCUCCAGAAGCUUGUGACAGCUGGCACUAUUGAGAAUGAAUGGAAGAAACUAUGCUCCAGAUCCAAAGCUGAUGUUGUUCUUCUGUCGGCUGAAGAAAAAAAAGAACAGGCAAUUGAAGUAGAAGAAGAAGUGGUGGAGUUGACUGAAAUAUCUUCCCAACCAAAGAAUGAAGAAGACUUUAAAAUUAUUACAGUCCAAGAAGAUGAAGAAGAAACAGAAAUAAAUUUUCCAGAACCUCCACCAAAUCAGGAAUCCUCACCAAUAGAAAAUGAUAGCGCCCCUUAAACUACCCAGUUUUUGUUUUCUGUUUUCCUUUUCUAAGCAUUAGUGUUCAUAGCUUCCAAGAGACAUAGUUACCCCCAUUUCUUGAAGCACUCUGCAUAUAUCCUCCACACAUCUCUUUGGUCUUUGCAUGGAGCGACCACACCUCCCGCCUCUCUCUCAUCCAGAGAAUAUAGCCAUUGUAGCAGAUUGUGUCAGAACGUUUCUUGUUUGGAGCAGCUUUCUUACAUUAAAAUAAAAAGGCAGAAUGUGAUUUCCUUUGCCUUGGACAAGCUGUA